ACAGGAACCUCGGACAGAUUAUUAUUAUCUGUCCGGAUAACCUGUGAGAUACAGGUAUGUGAACAGGCAAUUCUUGUGAGACUCAACACCUUUACAAUACCAUGUAUCAUUAUAGUGCUUAUUAAUUAUGAAAAAUUCAUUUCAAGGACCUAUAACCGUACAACUCUCUACGGCAUAUGACACGAGGCAUGGAUUAUUAAAAGUUAUUGACUUUGUAAAUUAUUAAUGAGUUUGACUCAUUUUCAGUUUUACAGUGACAAUACUUUUCAUGGAAGUUUUCAACAACUAGGUGGAAACAUUGGAAAAUUCUUAUACAAAAAUUUGCAGGUGUGUUUUAAGACUAAAGGAGGAUCUAAACAUGACUUCUGUAUUUUACCAGCGAGAUCCACCAGAAUAUAGAACCUAUGGCGAGUGUUCUUGUUGACUUAGAGGACAUUUCAUACAUUGAUGACAUAACUGAUGAAGAAUUGAUCAAUUCUGAAGAGGAAACUUGUCAAAAAGCAAAGAAAAGAAAGAAAAACACACUUAUAGGAGAGAGACUGAUGAUUGAUCCAAACGAGGAACUUGUGAAGGAGUUGAGGCAGGAGAGACAGGAAAAUAAGAAAGAGCUUUAUCCAAUCAAGGAAAGGGAAAACCAGACAGAGAAAGACACUGCUAGACUACAACAAGUCCUCAAAGAACAAGAAAAACAGAAAGUUUUACAAGAACUUAGAGAAGAGAGGGCACAGCUAAUUACAGAGUCCAAAGAUGAAAGGCAUAAACUGGAAGAGCAAGAACAUAAAGUAGGGGAAGAACUUGACUUAGCAGAAACAUCUCAACUUUAUAAACCAAAACAAUACAGCAUGACAAAGGAAAGUAACAUUAAAAUGAACAAAGAUACCGAGAAUAAGGACAUUAAGAGAAAAAGUCAGGAAAGUGUUAAUUUGGAUAUAGAAAAUGCAGAACAUGCAAAUGAAGAGGAAUCAGUCUCAAUCUAUGGGGACAAUGUAAAACUGGAUACAACUGCUGAAUCUGAAAAGAAAGAGGACAUAGUUACAGAACAAAAUGAAGCAAAGGAUAAUGUAAGUGAUAAAUCAAAGCUGGUUAAUUCAGGCAGUAAAUCAGAUUUAAGGUCUAAGGGAAAGAAACAAAGAUCCCCAGGGGUGGGAAAGGAGAAUAGAAAUGUACAAAGGAAUAUCGACACUACUGAUGGUGGGGAUAAGAAAUUAUUUGUUGAUGAAAAUGAAACUGAUACUGCUCUUCUACUACAGGAGGAUAACUCUUUUGAUAUUGGUGAGAAUAAUCGAUCUGACUACAAUGGUGCAAAGCCAAAGUUGUACACUCGAAGAGUAAAUGGACACGAUAUGCAAUUAAAAGAACUAAAUCUUGAAAUAUAUCCAAACAUCGAAACAUCUGGAAAACUAAGUAAAGACAAAGCUGCAAUGAAGAAAAAAUCUAAAGCAAAACAGGAUUCUUCUGAGGAGACUAUAAACACUACAAAACCAGACAUUAAGAUUCUUGUCACAAAUGAAGAUGGCAAUGAAGUUUUCACUCAUCAUAUGAGUGAAAGUACAACUGAAACAUCUAAAGAUGCAUGGAACAGUAACAAAAGUGAGUUAAGCAGUCCAUCAGGUGUCACAUCUAGCACUGACACAGGCAGGUCUACUCCUUUAAAUUACCUGAGAAAAAUGUCCGAGGAUAAUGAAGGGAAGAAAAGUAACCACCUAUUGGAACAACAAGAGAUUUAUAAACAACAAAAAGCGAAACCAUUUGAGAACUUUUCAAAGGUUAAAGUUGCGCAAAUUUCAACAGGAAUUGAAGGCGACUCAAAACGAAGUUACAUAAAAACAAUGACUAUUAUGCCAGACAAGAAACUUGUGCUGUUCGAUAGGAAAAAUCGGUGCCUUAAGCUUUUUGACAAAGACUUUAAUCCUUUAGAUAAAAUAAGUAUCACAUCAAAGUAUUGUGGAUUAGCAGCAGUGUUUGAAGAAACACUUGCAGCAACACUGCCUGGUACAAGGAAAUUGCAAUUCUAUCACAUUGAUAGUGAUACCAACAAAAUAAAUCGUGAACGAACCCAUCCAGUUGAGGGUGAAUUUUAUUCAAUCACUCACCAUCAUCACCGGAUUUAUAUGCUUCAAAGGAUUCGAGCUCACAACUUCACUGAGCAUGAUGAAUGGGAAAUCAAGAGAGUUAAUAUCAAUAAAAAUACAGAUGAAAUGAAAACACUGCGUUCAUUCUCACCAGGACAUAAAGAUUGUAACCUACUUGCCAAUGACCAUGGGUUGUACAUUACCAACAGACUAGAGAACGAGGUUUUAAUGCUGAAACAUGAUGGAACAUUUCAAUAUCGUCACAAGACAGACCUUUCACUUCCAGUAGGAAUAACAAGUGACAGAUUUGGCAACAUUUAUGUAUGUGGUGGUUCGAUGACCUCCUUUAUUGAAGUGAUCAAGCCGGAUCUACGGCGUUACCGUAUGAUCUAUAAAAAGACGUCCAGCAACCCUGUUGCCUUAUGUUUCAACAAGGAGGAUAACAUACUCUAUAUCAGUGAUCAGAUCAUUGGCAAGGUCAUUAAGUACAGGAUACAACACAAUGGAACCGUCCAGGGGCUUAUGAGAUCUAUGCUGAUCAGCACCUCAAGUCAAGAUUCAUAACCAAAACUUGCUAUAAAUCAAACAAAAUAUUCCUACAGAUUAACACUUGAUUAUGAUAUAUAUGUAUACAAAAUAAUGUGCCUAUUCUUAUUUACAAAAUGACCCUAACAACAAAUUAAAUUCUCAGGUAUUGAAUUAAGAAUAUGGAGAGAAAUAUUCUAACACUAUGAGAAAUUCUAACUAUUUGGCACUAAAACUAAGAUACAUGUACAACAACCUUGAGGAAAUGAUUUUUUUUUAUCUAACAUCAACUUUAUUACACAAAUUAUUUAUUUGCUGAUGAAAAAAUCCAACAACUACCAUUUCUGACCUCAAGUAAGUGAAUGAAAUGGUUAAAGUUAUUGUCUGGGUGGAGUCUGUCUAUUCUUUGAGUGAUUCUGAUCAGUGAUAUACUAAAAAUAGCCACCUGUCAUGUGACAAGAUCAGUAAAUAAUAAAGUUGCCUUUAUACAAUCAGAUGCCUGGUUCCAAGAUUUAGCACGGACACACAAUGUGAUACAAUGAUGAUGAAGAUGAAAGAUGUAGAUACUAGUAUACUGUAUAUAAUAUGCUAUGCAAGUAAAAGAGGGUUUAUACCCAGUGCUCAUAUUGUAUAUAAAGUUAUAUAAUUAUAUCCUAUCAUUGUUAUAUUAAUAUAUCGUCAUCUAAGAGCGGUAACGGGUUAACUCCUUAUAUUAUUUAAUAGGAGAAAACCCAUUACUGCACUAAGGUGACAA